AACCCCGGAAGAAUAUGGAAUUCCAAAUUGGAGAACACGCAUUAUGUACGUCCCGCAGAGAACUCCUAUAAUGUUGGGUACACCAUUGGAAUUUAUCAACAAAAUUAGGGAAUAUAAAUCACAACAAUUGAUUAGGGAUCUGCACGGUGAUCCACCGGACGGUAAAAUUUUGAAAUUUCUCAUCACCAAAGUCCUUUUCAGAGAUUUUGCCAAUAAAUCGUUCUUUACUAAAUUUGACGUUAGGUGGAACAUCGCGGAGGAAUUAUGGGAAAAAGAUUGGAAUCAAUUGUCAGGCGGUGAAAUACAGCGUAUUUCACUAGCCAUUGCCUUAUCCUGUAAACCCGAA